AGUGCCGUGGGGCGUGCGCCGGGCGUGCGCCCCGGGCGUCCCCUGCGGCGCCAUGUGGCGCCUGGUGUGGCUUCUCAGCUGCGGCCUCGGUGGGGCUCUGAGACCUGCCGAGCCGUCGAGGGCGGGCGCUGCACUUCUGACGGCCGGGACGGCCUCCUUUCCGGUCCCUGAUGGUCUGCUCUUCGACCGGCUGCCGAUGAGCCAGGUGGAGCAAGCUUUGGGCCGUGUGGCGGCGCAUUUGAAGCUGAUCUUCCUGCCGGAGCUAGUGACGAUGAUGCUCUUCAUGCUCACGUUGCUUUGUGCUACGGCUUGUGGGAAAUGGUUGGAUGAAGAGCCCGCUGAAGGCCCCGACGGGCGUCGUCGUCGGCGCCGGACCUUCAUCAUCGUGGAGGGAAACGAGGUUGCCUACGACUCUCAGGUGGCGGAUUUUGCGAUCCCAGUGCGUCGCAUCAGGAGAGCACCGUCUGUGAGGUCCACGGUGAGAUCGCAAGCGGAUCGGCAUUUCCAUGUUGCGUCUGACAGAGUCAGUAUUAAUAUCUUUCUGCUCUCUUGUGGGGAGCUUGUAGGUGGCACAACUAGCCGUAACUACCCAACAGAUUUACAGCUUGCCCCUGGAGUUACCACCUUUUUCUAGAAGCAUGUCGUUGAGCACCUUGGGUAGGUCCUAUCGCUUCUCUUGCGAAGCCCUUCACCUGGCCAGUAGCUUGUCGCAACUGAUGCAAGAAUACUAUCGACCCGAAAGGGUCGACGACCUCUGCCACUUCGUUGGGGAAGCCCAGUGGCCGCGAUGCGCACUGGCUCACUGCUCGGAUUUUCAAAUCCCAAUCUGGGGGUGUAUUACCACAAGGA